UGAAUUUUACUUCGAAUAAAUUUCGCUUGCACCGACAACGCUGAUUGGCUCUAACACAAAGGCUUUUGUUCUUUUGAGCCCAACACAAACAUUUCUAAAGUUGUCACAAAGCCUCUUAGGAGUAUCAAUCCAACGAGAUCUAAUAUUUAUCGUGCCAAUGUCUGCCGUUUAAAGAAACUUCUGGUGAUUGUGAAGAGACGAUGAAUUUCUCAGGGCUACUUCUAAUUACAUUCACCUUUAUAAACCUUGUUCUUACGGCUUCAUCCUCUCUCAACUUCUACAUAAAUCGUACGGAGUCAAAGAGAAUUCUCGGUAUUGAGGGUGAUAUAUACUACAUACGAGAUGGCGAAGUAAAAAUCAAUGCAGUCAACUUCAUUAUGACCGUCCCUUCGCGAGUAGACUGCUUGCGAUUUAUAUGGUACUCUACUCGAUUUCCUUUAAAUUCUGCGAGAUACUCCUACGUUUUAAAAUUAGCAUCGUUUACUCCUGAUCUUCUGAUGAAGCCCUCAGUAAACAUCAAAGGGAAUGGAAAAAUCCCAGAAACUAAGAAAGAAUUUUGUGUUAAUAUGACAUGUAAAGGAACUAAAUCAGGCACAGCCCAAAUGAUGAUACAGAUUAAUAUAACAGGAGAGAGAAAUUUGGUGUUGAAUCUUCGAAGGCUAAAAACAUGCAGAAAAGUUGUCCAUACUACUGCUAUAGGGAAACCAACUGUUGCUCAAAUACCAAAUGAUCACACUGAAGCAAAUCCUCCUAUGGAUAAAACCACAGUCUUCUACAUUGCAGUCGGAGUUGCUUGUAGCAUUAUUCUUGUUAUUGCCCUUGCUGUGGCUGCAAUUCAUGUCCAUUCAAUGCCAAGUCCGAACAAAGAUGGUGAUACAGACAACCCGGGAAGGCAGCAGGAAAGUGUGUCCAAAACUCCUCUCAUUACUGCUGUUGGUAAACCAAAACAAGAAACAAGCAGUCCAGAUGGAAAUAACAGUCCUCAAAAUGUGCCCAUACCUGUUACAAGAAAUACCAACCAGAUCCCUGUUUUAACAGCAAAUGCUGUAACCGCUAGCAUACCUGUGGUGACAAAUCAUAUUCCAAAUGGUGGUGUGCAUGUGCCCCAUGUAAGGCCUAGACUUCCAGGUGGGUUCCCUGUAAGGGACAGUACAAUCAGUAUUACCCCCAGUGAUGGAAUUUACGGUGGAGGGGGGCUGCAAUCAACGCAGAAGGGAAAAUAUGGAAACAGAGACAUGAAGGCCGAGUUAAAAGACCUGGAGGUGGAUAUGGACAGGAUUACCCUGGGAGAUUUGCUAGAAGAAGGGACAUUUGCUCGUAUAUAUAAUGGCGUUUUAACUGGGCCCGGAGAAGCACAACAGCAAAGCGUUCUGGUGAAAACUGUGUCUGGAAUGGCAUCGGAAGACCAAAUCAACCUCUUACUUAUAGAAAGUUCAAUGCUAAAGGACCUUACUCAUAAAAAUCUUCUUCCUGUUAUGGCGGUGUGCCUUGAAGAUGAAAAACAACCCUUGAUAAUGUUUCCGUUCAUGAACAGAGGGAAUCUUAAACUGUAUAUUAAGAAAUCCAGAUCUCCUGAAGGCGGCUCAAAGUCGCUGACAACCGCUGACCUGGUCCACGUCGGCAUACAAAUUGCUAAAGGACUACAAUACUUAGCAAGGCGACGAAUUAUUCACAAGGAUGUAGCUGCUAGGAACUGCGUCAUUGAUGACGAUUUGAAUGUGAAAGUCACUGACUGUGCCCUAUCGAGAGACUUAUUCCCGCAAGAUUACUGUUGCCUGGGAGAUAACGAGAACAGACCGGUGAAAUGGAUGGCGGUGGAGAGCCUGGAAAAGUUAAGAUUUACAGUUGCUAGUGACGUGUGGGCCUAUGGUGUUCUUCUGUGGGAAUUAAUGACUCUGGGACAACAGCCGUACGGGAAUAUCGACGCCUUCGAAAUGCUCAACUUCCUCAAACAAGGACACAGAAUUUCGCAGCCGGUGAAUUGCCCGGAUGAACUUUUCACAGUCAUCGCUUGUUGUUGGGCUUUGUCGGAAGAUGAACGACCCAGUUUUGGGCAGCUAAUCGUGUGCUUGACAGACUUCUUGAACGCUUUGAGUAAUUUUGUAUGAGAGUUUCAAGUGUAUGGUAAAACCUUUUUCGGAUAAGAAUGGAUGACAUCCUGACCAAGCCACAGGAUCACCACAGGCAGCCCAAGCACUGUAUACUACACUGAUUUUGCGCAACAGAAGAGGAAAAAAAUAGGAUUUACAUGGGGGAAAUGGACGCAUUUAGAAAUCUAAAAAUGGUAGCGAUUGAACUUAAAGUCGUUUCAAUUGCGCGUUUCCUUUUUUCAAUAUGGGUUGUAAGCGAUCUUCUAGUUCACCGCCCUUUCCUAUAUCUAUAAAAUCAUAGCAAUGUCGACGUUUUCAGUUCUUCUGCUUUUUCUUAAAGAUACCCAUAUUGAUAGAAAAAAAUCGCAGGAACUAAAAACCGCUUUAAUUGCUCAGAUUCAACUUAAAACCGCAAAGGAGAAAAAUAAUCAUUCGACCGAAGCUAGAUAAGCUAGAUUUUGGUGUAGCAAUCACUUUCCUGCUACGUUAUACAAUAUUAUACAGACGGACCCUUAUGUUAAAGCUGGGCCGCCAAUGUGUUCACGCGAAUUUUCAGGCCAAAAAGUGGUCCAUCACUGACCGUGGCUUUUGAGCGUCGAUGCUGAACGUGCGUCAAGAAUUGUGAAGAAUUUAUGUGACAUUUCGAGUACAAUGAAUGCUUGAACAAGCUCUUAUAUACCUGGCUUUCUCAGAUUUGGAGAAAGCUUUAUUAUGGCAAUGACAUUGCAGACGACUUCACCAAGGAACAUGAACAAUUUAUCGUUAACAGUCUUUUUGUCGAUUAAAUCAAACCAAACUGAUUUCAAACACGAAAAAAGUUUGACUGUGAGAAAAGGUGUCAUCAGAGGACGAAGUCCAUUUGAGGCUUGCGUUUCAUUACUGUUUGUAGGUUGAGUCUAUGUUCGAGUGAAGAUAUUAACAUGAUGGACAUUCCACUGAGCGCGCGCAAAACCUUUCGGAGACCUUUAUUUUCCAAUUUAGUUCAGGUGGUCGAGUCCAUUUGCACAAAGCUAAUAUAUUUUUGUUAUGUGUACAGUAUAUUUGUUCUUUGGAGGUAUGUUCUUCAGAAACUUAGAUUAUUUUAUUUUCAAUGAAAUUAAACCGCUGCAAAGUGUUUU